AUGGGGGUCAGUAAUGGUGGGGACACUGAGCUGGAGAAGGGGCAGAAACUGGGAUUGGGGUCAGUAAUGGUGGGAACACUGAGCUGGAGAAGGGACAGACUCAGGUCACCGCUGAAUAAAUGCUGCAAUGCCUCCUAUUCCAUGAUUGUGACUCAGGAGAAUAGUCCGGUCGGACACGCGAUUCGCUAUGAUGCGCAGAAGAAGGUACAAAAUGUCACCCAGAGUCUUUUUGGCAUGUUCCCAAAGAGUUCCCCAUUCCAGAAGCCCAUUAGAAGCUGUUCUGUGGUGGGAAAUGGGGGAAUAUUAAAGAACAGCUCCUGUGGUGCUGAAAUUGACCUGGCUGAUUUUGUGUUCAGGUUGAAUUUACCCCCAAUGAAUUUUACAGAUGACGUCGGGACAAAGACAGAUCUUGUUUCUGCAAACCCAAGUAUCCUUAUAAAGAGGUUUGGCAGUCUGCGAGAGAAGAGGAAGCCAUUUAUAAACAUGAUGCGGGCAUAUGACUCUGCCCUUGUUCUCCUGCCAGCUUUCUCAUACUCCAUGAACACUGACGUCUCCCUCAGGACGCUCUACACUCUAGAAGACUUUGACAUGAGCAGCAGAGUUGUCUUCUUCAACCCACACUACAUUGCGAACCUGACGCUUCACUGGAAGAACAUGAAGCUCAAGUUCAGACGGAUGUCAUCCGGGCUUAUGUUAGCGAGCGCUGCCAUUGAGAUUUGCGAGAAAGUGACACUCUAUGGAUUCUGGCCAUUUUCUCAAGAUCUUACUGGUACCUUCAUCCCUCACCACUACUAUGAUAACGUUCUCCCUAAGAAAGGAGUCCACUCUAUGCCAGAUGAAUUCUACCGAUACGUACAGAUGCACAGUAAAGGAUCUCUACAACUGAAACUGGGACCAUGUUAA